AUGCUGACUUGUGGUGGUGUGUUCGAAAUUCGACAUCCCUUUCGAACAGCCCUUUGCGUGUGCUUGCUCCUCGUACGCCUUGCUGCAGGAUACGACGGGGGCGAUUGCUGCGAGUGCACAUGUGUUUCAGAAGGGGAGUACGAGUGCGGAGCUGGUGGCUAUGCGUGCAUCGAUCCAGCCGCUGAGUGCGUAAACGAUGACGACGUUACCUUUCAGAUUGCUAGCACUUGCGUCGCCGACAUGAUCGGGGAUGCGUAUUGCGACGAACCUAACAACGUAGAGGAGUGCGGCUACGACGGUGGUGACUGCUGUCCUUGCACCUGCGAGGUACGAAAGAUAUCGCGUCUCGACGGGGUAUGGACAGACUAG